UGACUCGCCUCAACGUUGUUAAACAAGGAAGUGGGGAACUGAGACGGACGGACUCCAGUGACUUUUUCAGCGAACUUUGAACAGACUGACAUGAUUUUCAAACUGUGAACUUGAAAGUGAAAGCAAACUGUGUUAGCAGCCAGUGCAAAAGAGAGUCCACUAUGGCAUCAAAACCUUUCUCCGAAGAGGAUUUUUCUUGCCCUGUGUGCUGUGACAUCUUCAAGGACCCUGUCGUCCUUUCAUGCAGUCACAGCUUCUGUAAAGACUGUCUGCAGCAGUUCUGGAAAACCAAAAUAUCCAGGGAAUGUCCAGUCUGUAGGAGGAGAUCAUCAAAAGAACAUCCUCCAAUAAGUCUAACAUUAAAGAACCUGUGUGAGACCUUCUUACAGGAGAGAAGUCAGAGAGCUUCAGCAGGGUCUGAGGUGCUCUGCAGUCUGCACAGUGAGAAACUCAAGCUCUUCUGUCUGGAUGAUAAACAGCCUGUGUGUCUGGUGUGUCGAGACUCAAAAACACACAAAACCCACAACUUCAGUCCCAUCAAUGAGGCUGCACUAGAUAUUAAGGAGGAACUCAAGAUCAAACUGGAGCCCCUAAGAAAUAAAUUCAAGACCUUUGAAGAAGUUAAACUCAUCUUUGACCAAACAGCAGCGCACAUUAAGACUCAGACCCAGCACACAGAGAAACAGAUCAAGGAGGAGUUUAAGAAGCUGCACCAGUUCAUACGAGAUGAAGAGGUAGCCAGGAUAGCUGCACUGAGGGAGGAAGAGGAGCAGAAGAGUCAGAUGAUGAAGAAGAAGAUAGAGAAGAUGAGCAGAGAGAUGUCAUCUCUUUGCCUACCGCAGGAUCCAGAGAGGGUUUCAGGAGCUCUGAUCAAUGUGGCAGAACACCUGGGCAACCUGAAGUUCACAGUCUGGAAGAGAAUGAAGAAGAUUGUUGAGCACACUCCUGUGACUCUGGAUCCCAACACUGCAUACCCAGAUCUCAUCCUGUCUGAGGAUCUGACCAGUGUGCGAUACAGUUAUAAUAACCCAGAGAGGUUUAAUCAGUAUACUGGUGUCCUGGGCUCUGAGGGCUUUAACUCAGGGACUCGCUGCUGGGAUGUGGAGGUUGGGGACAAUGUACACUGGACUGUGGGUGUGAUGACAGAGUCUGCCCUGAGGAGAGGAAACAUUUCCCCUCAUAGCGGACGGUGGCAUGUCCGGUAUAAUGGUGAAUAUAGAGCACGUUCUACACCGCAGCCCCCCUUUCUCCUCACAGUGAAGCAGAAACUCCAGAGGAUCAGAGUGCAGCUGGACUGGGACAGAGGAGAGCUGUCAUUCUCUGACCCUGAUAAUAACACACAUCUACACACUUUCACACACACUUUCACUGAAAGAGUGCUUCCAUACUUCAAUACUACAUGUGAUCUCUUUCCUCUGAGGAUCUUACCAGUGAAGCCGAAGUGACAGCAGAGUAGCUCUGAUGGAGUUCAUAGUGUCUCUGACUGGGCUUUCAUAAGAACAGCAGAUACACAGCAGAGACACACACACACACACACACAUACAAGACCAGCAGAUGCACACACACAGAGUUCAUAGCAUCUCUGCUUCUGCUCUCACAAGGCCAGCAGAUACACACACACACACACACACACACACAUCUGCCCUACUAGAGCUGAUAGUGUCUGCUUCUCUCAUAAGACCAGCACACACACACACACACACAAGACCAGCAGAUACACAAACACACACACACAU